UUUCUCCCUGCCCCCUAUGCUAAGGAUGGGCAGAGUCCCAGCAGCAGCGGCGGAGAGAGGAUGAUGGAGAAAAGCACAUGGUGUGGUGAUUUGCCCGUUCGUGAAUAAAGAUUAAACUGCGUUCUCAGCCCAGCCGUGUGUCUCUGGUCGUCUCUGUUACCCACCUGUGAAGCCAGCCCGGAUAAAACAACAUAUGGCGCCCAACAUGGGGCCGGACCUGCACAUCUCUCAGAUAAGUGAAGACAAUUUGGCUACCUAUGCACUAUGGCCUUCUCUUCUGCUUGUGAAGAGAUCUCCAAAAGCGUCUGCCCUGUCUUCACGAGACUGUUUUGCUGUUUCUGGAACAUUUAUCUCUGGACCACUCUGUGGUUUCUGCCCAAUGCCAGCCCACAGGAGCCCAACGCCAGCCCGCAGGAGCCGGCUUUCCACCGUGUGGCACAGGGCACUGGGCGUGGGCUCCCUCCACACUGCUCGGCCACUGUAAGCAGGGCAGCAGACAUGACAGGGCCAUGGGGCAGGGCCAUGGCGGCCUAUCAUGGCCGCCACCCCGGGGCACCUCGGCCCGUGCCUUCUGCACGGCUGGCCCACCCGCCCUCAUGCUAUGAAGUCUGGACAGAUCCUGGACCACCUGGAGACCACAGGCUCCCUGCCGAAACUGGGCCCCCUGGCCGAGAUCUCCAGCUUGGGUCUGAAGGCAGACGAGCUAAAAUACGGAGAGAUUUAUCCAGAGAUCGCAACCUGCAAUUCCUAGAAGUGAAGCUGCGCAAGAGGCCACCGCUGGACAAUGCACUCCCAGAACAGCUAAGACAGUAUAGAUCUAAAUUCGUGUUUAAAAUGACAUGUCUUCAUAACAAAAGUUUCUCUCCUUGUAUAUUGAAGACCAUGUGUAUGUGUGUGUUUAAAGUUUGGUAACAUUAACUUUAAGAAUAUAACUUUAAGGCUAAAUUCUUACCAGGCAAAGUUAAAUGAAAAAGGUUUUCAACGUAAUUCUCAUAAAGAUAAAAUUAACUUACAUUUAAAGUCUGAGGUAAAAAUUA